UAAGUACCCUUCCUCUCUUGCUUCAAUUAUUGAAUUCCAGACUGGCAGACUCCAUAAUUUUUUGCUACUCUUUUUUUUCUGUGGCUGUGAGCUGCAGACUGUAGAUAAAACAUAGUUAUACCAAUUACAAGCAAAAGAGAGGGAGAGAAAUCAUUCUUGAUUACAUAUCACUCUUAGCUCUUGGCAUUCAACAGAUUUCAGAAAUGGAGAUUGGGUUAGCAGUUGGUGGUGCAUUUCUCUCUUCAGCUUUGAAUGUUCUCUUUGAUAGGCUUGCUCCUCACGGUGAUCUGCUCAACAUGUUUCGGAAGCAUACAGAUGAUGUUCAGCUCUUUGAGAAGCUGGGGGACAUUUUGCUUGGUCUUCAAAUUGUGCUAAGUGAUGCAGAGAAUAAGAAAGCAUCAAAUCAAUUUGUGAGCCAGUGGUUAAAUAAGCUUCAGAGUGCGGUGGAAAGUGCCGAAAACUUGAUAGAAGAAGUCAAUUAUGAAGCUUUGAGGCUUAAGGUGGAAGGCCAGCAUCAAAUUGUUGCAGAAACAAGCAACAAGCAAGUAAGUGAUCUCAACCUGUGCUUGAGUGAUGAUUUCUUUCUUAACAUAAAGAAGAAGUUGGAAGACACUAUUAAAAAACUGGAGGUGUUGGAAAAGCAAAUUGGUCGCCUUGGCUUAAAGGAGCAUUUUGUUUCGACGAAACAAGAAACUAGAACACCUUCAACUUCUUUGGUUGAUGAUGUUGGUAUCAUUGGAAGGCAGAAUGAAAUAGAGAAUUUGAUUGGACGUUUAUUGUCUAAGGAUACAAAGGGAAAAAAUCUGGCUGUAGUUCCUAUUGUUGGAAUGGGCGGCCUGGGUAAGACAACACUUGCUAAAGCGGUUUACAAUGAUGAGAGGGUGAAGAACCAUUUUGGUUUGAAAGCUUGGUAUUGUGUUUCUGAGCCAUAUGAUGCUUUGAGAAUAACGAAAGGGUUACUUCAAGAAAUUGGCAAAUUUGACUCAAAGGAUGUCCACAACAAUCUUAAUCAGCUUCAAGUCAAAUUGAAGGAAAGUUUGAAGGGAAAGAAGUUCCUUAUUGUUUUGGAUGAUGUGUGGAAUAACAACUAUAAUAAGUGGGUUGAAUUGAAAAAUGUUUUUGUACAAGGAGAUAUAGGAAGUAAGAUCAUUGUGACGACACGCAAAGAGAGUGUUGCCUUGAUGAUGGGAAAUAAGAAAGUUAGCAUGGACAAUUUGUCUACUGAAGCCUCUUGGUCUUUAUUUAAAAGGCAUGCAUUUGAAAACAUGGAUCCUAUGGGACAUCCGGAACUUGAAGAGGUCGGUAAACAAAUUGCAGAUAAGUGCAAAGGACUGCCCUUAGCUCUGAAGACGCUCGCUGGCAUGUUACGCUCCAAAUCAGAGGUUGAAGAGUGGAAACGUAUUUUGAGAAGUGAAAUAUGGGAGCUGCCAGACAAUGACAUAUUACCAGCGCUGAUGUUGAGCUACAAUGAUCUUCCCGUACAUUUAAAGCGAUGUUUUUCCUAUUGUGCAAUAUUUCCUAAAGAUUAUCCAUUUAGGAAAGAACAAGUUAUUCAUCUGUGGAUUGCUAAUGGUAUCGUACCAAAGGACGAUGAGAUAAUUCAAGAUUCAGGCAACCAGUACUUUCUCGAAUUGAGAUCAAGAUCAUUAUUCGAAAAGGUCCCAAAUCCUUCUAAAAGGAACAUAGAGGAACUAUUCUUAAUGCAUCACCUUGUCAAUGAUUUAGCCCAAAUUGCAUCUUCAAAACUUUGUAUCAGGUUGGAAGAGAGCAAUGGAUCUGAUAUGUUGGAAAAAAGUCGGCACUUAUCUUAUUCAAUGGGACGAGGUGGUGACUUUGAGAAGUUGACACCCCUCUACAAAUUGGAGCAGCUGAGGACAUUGCUUCCGACAUGUAUUAGUGUCAAUAAUUGUUAUCACCCUCUAAGCAAGAGGGUGCAGCUUAACAUACUGCCUAGACUAAGAUCCUUGAGGGUACUAUCAUUGUCUCAUUACAAUAUUAAGGAGUUGCCAAAUGACUUGUUUAUCGAAUUAAAGCUCCUGAGAUUUUUGGAUAUUUCUCAGACAGAGAUUAAAAGGUUGCCAGAUUCCAUUUGUGUGUUGUAUAACUUAGAGACACUUCUCCUGUCAUCUUGUGCUGAACUUGAGGAGCUACCGCUGCAGAUGGAGAAGUUGAUUAACUUGCGUCAUCUUGACAUAAGCAACACUUCUCUCUUGAAGAUGCCGCUACAUCUGAGCAAGUUGAAAAGCCUCCAAGUGUUAGUGGGAGCCAAGUUUCUUUUGAGUGGUUGGGGAAUGGAAGAUUUGGGUGAAGCACAGAACUUGUAUGGAUCUCUAUCAGUUGUAGAGUUGCAAAAUGUGGUUGAUAGAAGGGAAGCUGUGAAGGCAAAGAUGAGGGAGAAGAAUCAUGUUGACAAGUUAUCACUGGAGUGGAGUGAAAGUAGUAGUGCCGACAAUUCACAAACUGAAAGAGACAUUCUUGAUGAGCUUAGCCCACAUAAAAACAUAAAAGAAGUCAAAAUAACCGGAUAUAGAGGGACAAAAUUUCCAAAUUGGCUAGCUGAUCCUUUGUUUCUUAAGCUAGUACAGUUGUCUGUUGUUAACUGUAAGAACUGUUCUUCCUUGCCAUCACUAGGACAACUCCCUUGUUUGAAAUUCCUUUUGAUUAGAGGGAUGCAUGGACUAACAGAGGUGUCAGAAGAAUUCUAUGGUAGUUUGUCCUCCAAAAAGCCUUUUAACUCUCUUGUGGAGCUUAGAUUUGAAGAUAUGCCGAAGUGGAAGCAAUGGCACGUACUAGGAAGUGGAGAGUUCGCUACACUUGAGAAGCUUUUCAUUAUAAAUUGCCCUGAACUCAGUCUGGAGACACCCAUCCAACUUUCAUGUUUAAAAAGGUUUCAAGUUAUUGGUUGUCCAAAGGUUUUUGAUGAUGCUCAAGUGUUUAGAUCCCAACUUGAGGGAACGAAGGAGAUUGAGGAAUUAGAUAUUAUUGAUUGUAACUCUGUUACCUCCUUUCCUUUUAGCAUACUGCCCACUACCUCGAAGAUAAUAGAGAUAAGAGGUUGCAAGAAAUUGAAAUUGGAGGUGCCAGUUGGUGAGAUGUUUCUGGAGGUUUUGAGUCUGGAAGGAUGUGAUUGUAUAUCACCUGAGUUGCUCCCAACAGCACGCACAUUGAAUGUAUCUAAUUGCCACAACCUUACUAGGUUUUUGAUUCCUACUGCCACUGUAAGUCUCGAUAUUUGGAAUUGUGAGAAUGUUGAAAUACUUUCGGUGGCAUGUGGGGGGACCCAGAUGACGUCACUGACGAUUUAUGGCUGUAAUAAGCUGAAGUGUCUGCCAGAACGUAUGCAGGAACUCCUUCCAUCUCUUAAGGUACUGCGUCUGUGGGAUUGUCCAGAAAUAGAGUCCUUUCCUGAAGGAGGAUUGCCCUUCAAUUUACAACUCCUUCUGAUCAGCGAGUGCAAGAAACUGGUGAACGGCCGAAAGGAGUGGCGUUUACAGAGACUCCCCUGUCUCAACUGGUUAGAUAUCGAACAUGAUGGCAGUGACGAAGAGGUUGUUGGUGGUGAGAAUUGGGAGUUGCCUUCCUCUAUUCAAACACUUAGAAUAGACAACGUGAAAACAUUAAGCAGCCAACAUCUCAAAAGCCUCACCUCUCUUCAAUAUCUAUGUAUUGUGGGUAAUUUACCUCAAAUUCAGUCAAUGCUGGAACAAGGCCAGUUUUCGCACCUCACUUCGCUUCAAAGUCUACAAAUCAGGAAUUUCCCUAAUCUCCAAUCACUUCCUGAAUCAGCACUGCCCUCCUCCCUCUCUCAGCUGACCAUCUAUGGUUGCCCUAAGCUCCAAUCCCUUCCAGUAAAUGGGAUGCCCUCUUCCCUCUCUAAACUAGAUAUUUCCAAAUGUCCAUUGCUCAGACCACUACUAGAAUUUGACAAGGGAGAAUACUGGCCAAAUAUUGCUCAAUUUCCCAUCAUAGACAUCGAUGAUGAAUGCAUGUGAUGAUUAAAACGAAUGGCUCUUCAACAGAUCUGUGGAUUUUGAAGGGUGAGUACGACAAGUCUGGUCCAUCCAUUGUCCACAAGAAGUGCUUCUAAGGUGUUGCUGCUAUUUUUUACAUCUGUUCACGAUUUAUUUUUUAUUUUUUUGUUCUUUCCGCUAAAGCUAUUAUGUCAUCCACAGUGAACUCAGGUCUGCUGUUAUAGGCAAGUCUUCGAGAUGGGGCUAUACUGCUGAUACUAUUUCAUGUUUCCAGUGCAAGCCUCUUUUGUAAGUAGACAAACUCGAUUUGUAAAUAUGUUUGGGACUCAACUAGUGGUUAGAGUACUCAUUUUGUAAGAUUUGUGUGCGGAAAAUCACAUUAGAAAGAUAACUCGUGAUGAUUGAAUAAGCUCGAAGAAGUGGAUUUGAAUUUCAAAUCGUGUCUUUUUUUCUGUGUGUGUGAGAAAUUUGAAGUGUUGUUUAGAUUUGUUGGAAUAGUCUAAAGAGAUUGUCUCUAUAAAAUUUGAAGUCAUUUGAUGGAGAUUUGAUUAGAUGAUUUUGAACAACAAUU